UCGUACUCGUUGUGAGUAAAAAAUGCGCUGGCUGCGUGCGUGUUGUCGCCUGAAGAUGACGCCAUCAGCGUGCUCCACGCGCUUCAGUGUAUGGGUGCAUGUGGGUGUUGUGUGAUCUGCAUUAACGACACACAUUGUCUUUUGAUAGUUUUUUGCUGGGUAAAUAUCAACAUGUCUUCAAGUUGUCGUAGACCUGAACACACGGGUCCUCCUGAGGUGUUCUACAAUGAGGAGGAGGCCAAAAAGUACUCGCAGAACUCUCGUAUGAUCGAGAUCCAGACGCAGAUGUCAGAACGUGCCGUUGAGCUCCUGUGUCUUCCAGAAGACCAGCCGUGUUAUCUGCUGGAUGUUGGAUGUGGCUCUGGACUCAGUGGAGAUUAUUUAACUGAAGUGGGUCACUACUGGGUUGGUGUGGACAUCAGUACAGCCAUGCUGGAUGUGGCUUUAGAUCGAGACGUGGAAGGAGAUCUGGUGCUGGGAGACAUGGGUGAAGGAAUGCCCUUCCGUGCGGGAACGUUUGACGGCUGUAUAAGUAUUUCAGCGCUGCAGUGGUUGUGUAAUGCAGAUAAGAAGACGCACAGUCCUCCGAAGAGACUCUACCGCUUCUUCAGCACGCUCUACUCUUCACUGGCAAGAGGCGCUCGUGCUGUCUUCCAGAUUUACCCUGAAAACUCGGAGCAGCUGGAGCUGAUCACAGCUCAGGCCAUGAAGGCAGGAUUCACCGGCGGGAUGGUGGUGGAUUAUCCCAACAGCAGCAAAGCCAAAAAGUUUUUCCUGUGUUUAUUUGCUGGAGUAUCAGGUGUUUUACCCAAGGGUUUGGAUUCAGAGUCCACUGACAGAUGUGUAUCAUCUCAAGCUCAGUUUACAGCGCAGAGGUCACGUUUUAAGAAUUUGAAGGGGAAAUCGGUGAAGAAGAGUAAAGACUGGGUCUUAGAAAAGAAGCAACGGCGACGCCGGCAGGGAAAGGAAGUGAGAGGUGACACCAAGUACACGGGUCGUCAGAGGAGACCUCGAUUCUGAGCCUUCAGCUGUGUCACCUCAUUCGCUCUGAAUAUAACUCAUCCUGAUGUAUUCUGAAGUGAUAAAGAUGUCUUGUCUCAGGAAAUCAGCAAAACCUUUGUAAUGACUGUAGUAUUAAAAGAUGUGUUCAUACAGCAGGAGGACGAUCAUAAACUGUGUGCUUGACUGGCCAUUGUGUACAUUAUCUGAUUUACCUACUGCACAAUGAGUUCAGUUCUGAGAUCAGAAUUAGAUUUUAAUGUUAACUGAUCAAAUAAAAACAGUGAUCAACCUUUCAA